ACUAACCAAACCCACCGCCGAGAUUACUUUUUUCUUCUGUCCUCUCCGCCGUCGAAUUUGAAGUUCCUCCGCCGUAUAAGUUCGGCUCUUUGUUUCCACCUACUACGAUAUACCGUUUUCGUAAAUCUCCAUCCUCCGAUCAGUGACGGCUGUUUGGUAGAGAAACGCUGAUUUUUUCGAUCUUCCGUUUUUUCCAAUUUUGCCUCCUUGGCGAAGCAAUUUUGCGUUCCAAUUCCUUGCACGUCACUGUUGCGAUCUUAGAUCGGAGAGAAGGCGAAAUCGCCUUUACUGAUUGUACGGUGGUGAGAUGGCUAACGGAAACGAUGAGGACACCGAUGCUGUCCUCAGCGACGUUGAGUCCGACGAACCAGCGCCUGUUGUUUUAAAAGAUCCGCCGCGUGAAGAAGCGUCGGAAGAGAGGAUAAACGAACUAAUCGCGGAACUCGAUCGUGAGAAGAAAGCUCGAGAAGCUGCUGAGAGUUCGAAAUCGGAGCUUCAGGUUUCGUUCAAUCGAUUAAAGGCUCUUGCUCACGAGGCUAUCAAGAAGCGCGACGAGUCUAAGCGAGAGCGAGAUGAAGCCUUGGAGGAGAAGGAGAGUUUAACAAAGGAGCUUGAGAAUGUGAGUAAAGGUAAAGAUGAUUUGAUUAAGCAGCAGGAUGAGAUGUCGAAGAAGCUUGACGAGGCUUUGAGAUCUAGAGAUGGUUUGAAAGCAGAGAUUGAGAAUUCGUCGCAUAUGUUGGUUUCUGGGAUUGAGAAGAUUUCUGGUAAAGUAAGCAGCUUUAAGAAUUUUUCAAAUGGGGGUCUUCCCAAGUCUCAGAAAUACACUGGUCUAGCUUCUGUGGCUUAUGGAGUUAUUAAGCGUACUAAUGAAAUCGUGGAGGAGCUCGUUAGGCAGAUUGAUACUACUGCUAAGUCGAGAAAUGAAGCUAGGGAGCAGAUGGACCAGCGAAAUUAUGAGAUAGCCAUUGAGGUUUCUCAGUUGGAGUCUGCCAUCAGUAAUUUGCGAUUGGAGGUUGCGGAGAAGGCUUCAACUGUUGAUGAUUUAGAGAGGGGUGUGAGUGAGAAAGAUAAGAGGAUUGCUGAACUUGAGAAAGGUAAUUUAGAGAAGGUGAGUGUGCUAGAAGGUGAAGUUCUGGAGUUGAAACAGUUGGUUGAUGAGUAUGAUGGAAAGUUGAAGACUAUGGAAGUGAAGAUGGUAGCUCAGCGUCCUUUGUUAAUGGAUCAGCUGAAUCUUGUGUCGAGGAUCCAUGACCAGCUUUACGAGGUUGUAAGGAUAGUUGAUGGUAAUAGUUCAGAACAGUCAGAUUUGUCUGAGUCUUUCUUUAUGCCUCAAGAGACAGAGAUGGAGGAGAACAUCCGAGCAUCUUUAGCAGGUAUGGAAUCCAUCUUCGAACUGACCAAAGUGGUUUCUGGGAAAGCACAGAGUUUGGUGGAAGAGAAUAGUCAUGAAUUGAAGAAUUUGAAUGAAACCGUGGGUUUAUUAGUUAAGGAGAAGGAACAUAUUGGUACUUUACUGAGGAGCGCUUUGUCCAAAAGGGUGAUCACGGAGCAGUCAUCCCAAAAAAGAGAAUUGUUCCAGGCUGCAGAGAAUGGUUUGAGAGAUGUUGGUACUGAUUCCAAAUUCAGUAAAUUCUUAAAGGAUGGCAAGGUUCAGGACUCCCAUAGUGAUAGUACUGAUGAUCAUAGUACAGAGGAGAAUGAAAUAUAUUCACUGGCCAGCACAUUGGAAAAUAUUGUCAAGGCAUCUCAGCUUGAGAUCGUUGAACUGCAGCACUUGUUGGAGGAAUCAAGGGAAGAGACUAGCGCUCUUAGGAAACAGUUGGACACUCAAACGAAGGAGCUCAAUCAGAGAAUGCGCCAAAUAGAAGAACUUAAAGAAAAAGAGAGAAUAGCGAAUGAAAACGUUGAAGGGCUUAUGACCGACAUUGCUGCUGCUGAAGAAGAAAUAACAAGAUGGAAAGUAGCCGCCGAGCAGGAGGCUGCUGCUGGUGGAGCUGUUGAACAAGACUUCACAUCACAGCUGUCUGUGCUAAAAGAAGAACUUGAAGAAGCAAAGCAAGCGAUUAUAGAAUCAGAGAAGAAACUAAAGUUUAAGGAAGAGACAGCUGCUGCAGCCAUGGGUGCAAGGGAUGCUGCAGAGAGAUCUCUGAGACUCGCAGACAAUAGGGCGACUAAAUUGAGGGAAAGAAUCCAAGAGCUAAACCGUAAAGUUGAAGAAUUAGAAACCCAUCGAGAUAUGAAUAACUCAAACAGAGCUAGAUAUGCGUGUUGGCCUUGGCAACUUCUCGGGAUUGAUUUUGUGGGAGGUAGAAGAAUUGAGUCUGGACAAGAGAGUGCGAACGAGAUGGAACUCGCUGAACCUCUACUAUGAGAAAACCGGUACUGUAUACAAAAAUAACAUACUCUCUGUAUUUGUUUUUGAUUUUUAUGUAUAUAUAUACCCAUCUGAAAAAAAAAAGUUUUUCAAAGCUUUAACAUCUUUUCAUGUUGUAAUGUUCGACUAAAAAAAAUUUAAGAGUAGGGUUUUUCCCACACCCAACACUAGAGUGAUCAAUAAAAUGUGAUUCUUACCAUC